CUUUCAUUUAGGGUUUUAUGCUUUGCCAAAAUCAAGCGUGAAAGGUGUCCUAUUGGAUUGUGUUGGUCUUUUGGUUGACAAUAAAGUAAAGGAUUUACAAACGUUACCUUAAUGCGCCUUUUUUUUGGUAAUUCAUUGUGUAUGAACAUUGGGCGUUGGUUUUGAUUUUAUUUUCGGGUGUUUUGUUGAGGUUUUAGAGGGGGAAAUUCUAUUGCAAAGAUGGCGCGGCCGGUUUUCGUUGGAAACUUUGAGUACGAGACUCGCCAAUCUGAAUUGGAACGCCUGUUCGGCAAGUACGGAAGGGUGGAGCGAGUGGACAUGAAAUCUGGUUUUGCCUUUGUUUAUUUUGGGGAUGAACGUGAUGCAGCAGAUGCCAUUCAUGGACUUGACAACAUGCCAUUUGGUUAUGACAGACGCAGGCUAUCUGUGGAGUGGGCUAGGGGUGAACGUGGUCGGCAUCAUGAUGGGUCCAGGUCCAUAACAAACCAGAAGCCCACUAAGACCCUUUUUGUAAUUAAUUUUGAUCCAAUUCGCACUAGGGUUGAAGACAUAAAGAGUCACUUUGAAAGAUUUGGGGAAGUUCUCCAUGUUAGGAUUCGGAGGAAUUUUGCAUUUGUGCAGUUUGAGACACAGGAAGAUGCUACCAAAGCCCUCGAGUGUACACACAUGAGCAAAAUAUUGGACAGGGUGGUGUCAGUUGAGUAUGCUUUGAGGGAUGAUGGUGAGAGGGGAGACAGAUAUGAUAGUCCUAGGAGAGGAAGUUAUCAUGGAAGGUCUCCAAGCCCUGUGUAUCGCAGGAGACCUAGUCCUGAUUAUGGUAGAGCUCGCAGCCCAGUGUAUGACAGGUACAAUGGUCCAGCUUAUGACAGGCGCAGGAGUCCUGAUUAUGGUAGGACUCGAAGCCCUGAGUAUGGAAGAUAUCGCAGCCGAUCACCAGUUAGACGAUUGAGAACAUGAAGGGACAUCAUAUGAAGAAGUAUAUAUGCUAGUUUCUUUGUGCCAUUGUGUACUUGGCUACUUACAAUGGCUUAAGAUCUGACAUGUACAGAGAGCUCAUUUUGUUGUCAUAGCAUUGUAGUUUCUUUCUUAUUGUAUGCCGACUUAACGAGUUGUUAUGACUGGUGAUUUUCAUCAAUGGACCUGUCAGCACGCUUUGAUUCU